GGGUACUUAAAAUAUAGGUACUUAAACCUUUGUUAUUGUGUCCGCAAGGUUUGUGAGUUGAGUUGUGACUGUGUUUGUUCCGGCGUGAGUGAGAAAAUGCAAGCUCUAAUGAGGCACAAACUCAAACUCUGCAAUUCAACCUUCAAUUUUUUCUUCAAACUUUCUUCAACAUCAUCAUCAUCCUAUUUUCAUUCCUAUUCCUCUCCGCUAAACUCAUCACUACCUUCUUCCACUUCUGUUUCCGCUCAUUCCUCCGCCAUCAAUUCGUUCACCACUCCAUGGUCCACAAUUCAACGACGUGGAAACAGAGUCCACGCUUCUGAUAUCAGAGUCGGAAAUACUAUCGGAAAACAAGGGCGAAUAUAUGAGGUUCUUAAAGUAGAUCAUUCUCAUGAAGGAAGAGGAAAAGCCACAAUCAAGGUGGAACUUCGUGACCUUAUCCAGGGAACCAAGGUAUCACAAAGAUUGGGCCCUGAUGAGGAUGUUGAAAAGGCCUAUCUUCAUGAAAAGUCUUUCAUGUACAUGUGCACGGAUCAAGAUGGAACUGUAGUAUUAAUGGACACUGAUACGUUCGAUCAAAUUGAAGUUUCCAAAGACUUGUUUGGCAAGAAUGGUUCAUAUAUACGAGAUGAAAUGAAAGUUAAGGUACAAUUUUAUGAAGACAAGCCUUUAUCUGCAUCAGUUCCAAAACGUGUAAUAUGUACUGUCAAGGAAGUGAUUGCAGCCACUCCGAGGAAUAAAAAGGUAAUACUGGACAAUGGCCCUACGAUUGAAGUUCCGCCUCACAUUGUUGCCGGUGAUGCCAUUCUUGUUAAUACAGAGGACGACUGUUACAUUGAAAGGGCUAAGGCAUAGGGUGCGUUCAGCCAGAAUAUGAGCAAGACUGUAUGACACAAACAUCCAUUUUAUAACUCUCAUAAAUUUUAAAUCAGAUAUAACCUAUAUUAUCCUUUCCCCACCCCCCUAUUUCUCUAGGUAAUAAGCCCUUUCUUUAUGUUUAGUUGAUGACUUUAAUUAUCAGCGAGCAAUGAAUUUAGAUGUAUUUGUGAUAGCCAAAUUGUGGUGUGUAUCUUAGUUCAGUUUAUGUACGGUGUAGAGAAGCAUUGGUAAAUUAUUUCAAUUCUUGAAUGAGUUUAUUCAUAAUUGGGAUCAGGCAAAAGAUACUUA